AACCAGUCAACCUACAUCUGACUGAGCAGGAAGCCGCAGCUCAGAGGAGCGGAGAAUCAUUUUAGCUUAAACAUGUCUUCAUCUGUAUCAACUACGGUGGGAGGUGUGGUGGUGGUCACCCAUGUCCACCCAGCAUCUCAGGGUUCUGUACCCCAACAUCCUGUGGGCAUCCAGAAGUUCACAAAGGGCCGACCGAUGGCACUUGGGUCAGUUCAGAUCAUGGUCGGCCUGAUGACUCUGCUGUUUGGGAUCGUUAUGGCCAUUGAUGCAAAUACACUGGGAGUUUACAGUGGCUUUUUCGUCUGGGGAGCUUUGUUUUACAUCAUAGCUGGAUCUCUGACAGUGGCUGCUGGGAAAUCUCUGAAUCGCUGUCAGGUGAACGGCGCUCUGGGUGUCAAUGUCGUAGCAGCAGUUGCUGCCUGUACAGCAGUCAUCCUCUACAUUAUGGAUGCUGCAGGGGUUCUUUGGAUCCCAUGCUAUGACUAUGACCAUGGUUCUUGGGUUUAUGGCUGCAACGAAUUUCAGACUCGGACCCGGGGGUUUUCAGGGGUCUUGGCUGUUUUCCAUUUGUUGGAGCUCAUUAUUUCCAUCACUGUCGCAGCAUAUGGCUGCAGUGCUACUUGCAACUGCAGUGAACAGCCACCAUCGUUUGUUGUUGUACCUGGAGAUGCUGCAGUGGCUGCACAGGCUCCAGCCUUUACCCAGCCACCUCCCGUCUCACAGACGGUGAGCUACCCUAAAUACCCAGAGGAACCAAGAGCCAUCACUCUGUCUGAGCCUCCAGCCUACACCAUCAGCUGAAGAGUCUGUUAAAACUGACAGUCCUGUUCUGAAUAUCCUGACAAAAUUAUGAUCAGAUCUCUUUAUAUGCAUGUCUGUAAAGCUAUGUUAAAAUGCACUUCUAAUGUUGAGUGAAACUAAAUGAAAUGUGUCAUUCCUAAGGUGGAAUGUGUAAAGCUUCAUGCCAACACAAAAAAAUCAAUGCUAUCCUUCAGAAAUGAUUAAACUGCUAAUGACUACAGGGAUGUUUCUUUUUUAUCCAGAGGAGGAAGAACGGCCCAGCAGAGUUGAUUUAUUUCCCAGUUACUGAAAAAAUGCAAAUAAGUGUAACACCAUCCCACAGUUCCUCACAGAAGUGGAACAUUUACAGUGAUGCGCUGCUGUAGUUUCAUUAUGUCUGACUUAUGUGAACAUAGAAACAACAGAGCAGCUGCUUUAUGGUUAUGACAGGAUUCAGCAGUGAAAAUCUUUACAUGCAUACUCAGAGAUUUCUUCUCUUUCAAAUCCAGUUAGGAGUGAUCUUGAAGAACAAGCAUAUUGAAUUUCUAGUUAACAAUAUCAUCAUCAUAAUAAAACAAAACUGUACAAAUUUAUAUUUACACAAAAAUGAAUAAAGUAAUACCCUCUGCCAA